AUGAACGAUGCGUGCUGGUCUGGUGCUGGUGAUGGGAGACGGUCCAGUGAUACGGGGACUUGUAUGAUUAUCCUACAUGUUAUUAGCUUUGGUCUACUCUCUGUGCAUGCCAUACAAACACUCAACAUAACAAAGCUUGGUGAUGACCCACACACAAUCAAUCGAUUGAACGGAGAAUCCUUUCAGCAAGACGCGCUUGUAACAUUCAACGGGUUUCAGUACGCUGUACUUUGGGUUCCAACCGCCAAUUCGUCCGUCAGAAAUGCUGCCAUCAGAAGACGGUCUCUCCCCGACGGAGACUGGGAGGGUUUCGUAUUCACAGACUAUAAUCAAACGGACGAUGACGGCCACGAUAUUAUCUCGUUAGGAAUUUCCCGAGGAGACGGGACUAUUCACCUGAUCUGGGACCAGCAUGAUAAUUCACUCAACUAUCGCUCCUCCUCAGCGGGUGUUGCGACGAAUCCGUCUGCAGUAAACUUUACAGCCCAAUUGUUUUCUCCACUCAGCGACUUUCUGCCGGGCUUGGAAUCUUUGGACAAAAAUGUGUAUUUCAUCAAUGUCACUUAUCCUCGGUUCCUUCGAAUUCCAGUUUUGGAAGAUACAUCAGCAGAUCUGCUCUUAGAGAUGCGAGUCGGACAAGCUGGACAGGGCGACGACUGGAUAUAUUACUACACACCCGAGAAGAACUGGACUUUGAUUGGGCGGUAUCUAGAGGGUGUAAACAAUAAUGCCUACAUCAAUGGUUUGGACUUUUCUACCGAUGGUGUAUUGCAGACUACAUGGACGUAUCGUGACUACGUCAAUACUACUGGUCAAGAUGUCGCUGUUGAAGCUGGUCCUAACGGGCCCGAAAAUAACCACGAUAUGGACUACGCGUAUAGCCCUGACCUUGGAUUCACUUGGCAUAAUAACUGGGGACAGAUUAUAGGGAAUCUUAAAGUUGAACUACCAAUCGUCCCUGCUUCAGCAGGGAUUACAAUGUUUGGGAUACCAAAAUACGGGGGAAUUCUAAAUCAAGAAGCGCAAACACUAGACGGGAAAAAUAGAAUGCAUGUCUUGAACAGAGAAAACACUACGGGCAUCGAGCAAUGGUACCACUACUGGCGUAACACUGACAUUGACUGGACACGGACCCCUUUCCCGUUGUCUCUUGCUGCUCAUUCCAUCAACAAUAUAACCCGAACUCCAACUGUCAUUGGCAAGCGAGGGAAGCUCGUCUCGCCUCCUGGAUUUGACAUUCUGUUGGCUAUCCUGCCUUCAAAUUCUCCAAACUCUACCGGGCUCAGCAUACUCAGCAGCACUCCGGAAGGUCACUUUCAAGAUUGGAAGAUCUUAUGGGAGAUAUCCAGUGGAUGUGGGUGGGAACCCUUGUUCGACCGAUAUCGACUGAACAUGGAAGAUGGAGGAGAUGGUGUAUUGAGCUUGUACUUAAUAAAUGGUACAGAUGUGGUUGUCAUGGAUUUGGACUUACAGCUGAAACCCAUGGGUGUAUGA